GGCUAGCUGUCACCUCGAGUUCCGCCUCCCCCUCAUACCCUCAGAGGAAGAUGAGUAACCCGCAGCCAGGAUUGCUAAAUCAUGGCAACAUUUAUGGAGCGGUUAGCGUUUCUUCAGAAAGUCCCGACUCUGAUGAAAGCUACAGCAGAUGAUGAAAACCCUUGUCCUGGCUACCUUUUCCAAGAGAUUGGAAAAAUUUCCCAUGAGUCUUCAGGCUGCGGCCAGUGUUUGUUGGAGUACCUCCUGGAGAGGCUGCAGGUGGAGUCCUGUCACGUCAAACUCAAGGUGCUGAAGAUCUUUGUCCAUCUUUGCGGUCAUGGCUCAAACCAUUUCCUCACAGAACUUCGAAGGAACUCCACCUUCAUCCAGCAGGCAUCAGUUUACAGCGGCCCUCCUGAUCCUAUCCAUGGCACGGCAUUGUACCAGAAAGUGAGAAAUACAGCACAGGAAGUGGCCAGGUUGCUUUUCACAGAUACAUUUUCCACCAAAGGUGGCGUCUCUGCGCUCAACCUAGCCCCCCCAACAAUGGGGAUGGGCUCAGCAACUUCCCACAGGUCAGGAAUGCAGGGCUUUGGAUACAGUCCAGGGAAGCAGGGGACAGCAGGCAGUGACUCACUGCUGGACAAGAUCCAGAAAGCUGCAGAGGUGGUGGCCAGCGCUGUCCUUCCCCCAACUGAACACCAGGGCAUCCGCCUCCAUGACAACCAUUACCGGGCAGUAGUUGCGCCGUCCGCGCCCAUAGAGGUGGCCGUGCCUGCGUGUGCCUAUAACCUGCCUGCUCGUGCACCUAAAGCCUUGACCCAGCGGUGUCCAGGACAGGUAGGAGGCGGCUGGGAAGAGACGGACAGCGGCAACAGCUCGUCUCACAACUCCUCUCAGGAUAUCGCAGCAAACAGCAGGGCCUCUGUGGGCAGCAAGUCAGCUGGUACCGGGAGCCAGUCUGGGGCCAGCAGAGAGAGCAGCGGGGACCUAUCAGAGCGGGUGGAAGCCUUGCAGUUGGGGGACUGCGGCCAGGAGAUGGCGCUAAUCAGCAGACUGACUGAAGGAUCCAGAGCAUUCCUGUCCAGAGAGGAGAGCCAGCACUUCAUUAAAGAGUGCUCCACUCUCAACUGUGAGGUCGUGGUAGAGUUGCUCUCAAGCAAGCUUCAAGAUCCCUCACACUCUGUUAAGAUGCGGGCAUUGUGUGCUGUGUCAUGCCUCAUGACCUCUGACCUCCUCUCUCUGGAACAAAUGUUCGGAGCUACACAAAGAAGGCUCCGGCAGCUGAGCGAGGGGGCUCCAGGCCCGGUGGCCAACAAAGCCACCAAGAUCCUGCGACAGUUUGAAGCUCUGAUGGGCGGAUCUGUACACGCUCCGAAGCAGGAUAACCACAGCCAUCAGGCAACAACUAAUCAGCUUUCCAUAUCUACCGACCCUUUACUACCAACCCAGUCUGCUGACAACCUUAACCAUUAUCAGGCUGACAUCUCACCCACAGGUGUCACCCAACCGCCAAAUCACCCAUCUCCCCCCUCUAGUCUGGCCUUGACCCAGAGAGACUCAGGGGGGCAGAUGAAUGACGGAGAUGAGGAGAAACUUGUUUACAUGCAGCCGGUCAGGACUGCUGAGGCCGAGGUGAAGUUGGUUACUGAUGAAUUAGAGGUUAACGCCGACAGGAGCUCCCCCCCUGCAGCCGAGCCGCAGAGUGAGCAGCCCUGUCCCACCAGACUGUCCCUGUUCAGCGGCAUGGAGCUGGUGACUAAAGGGAGGCCCCUGUGUAAAAGAGAGACGCCCCUAACAGAGACGGACACGAUGGGCGACAGCUUAAAGGAGAAUCAAGCUGUUCAUAACAGUAUUAACAGAGCCAGUGAUGACGCUCCUUUAAUUUGCAAUUCAGUUGACAGCAGCCAACCAGUAUCGGCCUUCUCGUUUCUCAACUUUUGACCAACAUUUAACAGCUGGAGCUGUCACAGUUAAACCAAUGAUGUCAUCAUGUAUAUUUUUUCCUUUUAGAAAUCUAUUUAAUUUUAUAACCCAAGAUGAGAUCUGCAAGCUUGUAACUAUAUAUAGAUGGCUGAUUUACAUUAUGUUUGGAUUUUCUGUUCUUUUCUGUAUGGUGCCUCCUUGGAAAUUGUAUUUAAAGGGACAAUGCAGGCUUUUUAGGAGUGGGCUUAUCCAUAGUGAGUGUUCUAUCCACAGUAGAUGGUGGUUGGCAGUGGUACUUUGGAGAAGAAAAAGUAAAAUGGAAAUAACCUAAUAUCCUGCUGUGGACAGGGGCAGCAGCAAAACAUAUGUUAACCACCUAAAAAAAAUGUAUAUCUGUGUAAGACAAUGCUUUUCCUUGCCUUCAAACAGCCCUUUCCAAUGCGGGAACUGAAGUCAUAUGUAUUUAUACUCUCUAAAGCCACCAGACUCCUUUGACAAAAACAGUAAUUUUACUUCCUAGACCACAGGUGAUGCUGGUCUACUGCUCUCGUGAUUGGCUUGUUUGUUUGUGUUAUUGUGACUUUGGGAGAAUCCCAUUUAACCUCCAAACCACCGAAGUCCCACAAUAACACAAACUAACUAACUAACUAAUCAGAUUCAGCAGUACACCAACUCUUGCAAGGUAAAACUACUGUUUUUGUCAAUGCAGUCUGGUGGCUUUGAAGAGAGCCUAGAUGGAUUUAAAUGCUUUAGUUGACCAUCAGAAAGGGUUGUCUCACUGCAAGGUAAAGCUGUGAAAACAUUAAAAUAUUUGUUGCUGCAGCCUCCAUCCACAGCCAUGCUUUGCUUAUCCUCUAUUUCUGUCGUGCUGCUUGCAUCCCAUCUGCCAUCUACUGUAGAUAAAACACUGACUAUGGAUAAGUACCUCAUACAACCCCACUUCAAAAAAAUCCAAACUGUCCCUUUUAAGCAGUAGAUUGGGCCAAGAGACAGCAUAUUUAGGACAUGUACCUGUCGUCCUUUAGAGUGAAUGCAAUCCACAGUUGGCAGGAGAAACCCCUCAACUGUCAUUUGAGGACUUGUCUGCAAUCUACAUUUCUGUUUGUUGGCUGAGGUCUAAUUUCUCUAAAGUAUUUAACCAGAAUGGUUAUCUUGAAUUACAGGUUGUUAUUAUUGACAGUUGCUUUAUCUCAGGAUUCCUUUUAGCUAACGGAAACAACUCUUACGCCUCUGCAGCACGCCCUGAACCUCUGAGGGAGAAACCCUCCAUUUGUACUUUGCACUACAGUUGCUUUUCUUAUGGACUCAUAAACCUACAAAUGAGAGUUGUCUUCCAUAUUUUUUGGUACUAAACUAUUGUCAGUGUAAAUGUUAUGAGUUUUAGUUUACACAUUAUUUAUUAUGUCUACCCUGUAUUAAAACAUACUUGUGGGAGUGACCGUAGAGUGCAUGUGUAGGAUUAAAAAGUAGUU